AUGGAUGCUCUGUGCUUACAGAGUAGCAUUUGUGGGAUAGCUCCGUUGACCAUUCCCAUUGCUGCAUCUGCACGUGUCAAUGAUUACGCGUCGCAGUCUCAGGUUAGCGCGGUGGGACGCUCUUUGUUUUCUAGAUUCUCUUUUAGAUACCCUUUGACGUCUAUAUGGCCACAACAACCUACGGGGAAUGCCGCCGGCUACAAUGGUCUUGCCGUCGACGAAGCCGUUUUGGCGGAGAAUGAAACGGAAGGAGAAGGAGAAGGAGAAGGAGAGGGAGAGGGACAACACGGGAAUUGGGUUUCCAAGAUUUUUCAUGCAAGGUCUGUUUGGAGAGGGGAACAGAGGAGCUGUUAUAACGAUAACGACAGAGUUGUUGCAAAUGAUCUAAUGGAUGAAGAAGAAGAGGAGCAGGAAGAAUGUGAUGGUUGUAGGGCUGCUUAUAAUGAAGACCAAGACGAAGAGGAAGAAGAAAAUGAAGAGGUUCUCUUCGAUAGAGACUCGUUUUCGAGAAUGCUUCGGAGGGUGUCAUUGCCCGAAGCUAGAUUAUAUGCACGCGUAUCUCAUUUGGGCAAUUUGGCAUACUCUAUCCCCAAAAUCAAACGAGGGAACCUCUUCAAAAAACAUGGUCUGCGUUUUGUAACUUCAUCCAUUGAGAAAAAGAAAUUAGCUGCGGCAGCAGAAACAAACCAAACAUCGGCUGCAAUUCAGAAAGAAGAAACUAGCGAGAAGAACGUGCGGGAAACAAAAGAGGAAAAGAACGGUGGAUACAUGAUGAGUGCAUCUGCUGCAUGCGAGAUUGCUGCUUCUGCUGCCUCUUAUCUCCAUGCUCAAACAAAGAGCAUACUUCCAUUUAAAUCUUCCAAUGCUGUGGAAGGUGAAGGUUCACAUGAAGCAAGCAAUGGAAGUUUUAACGGUGAUAAGAUGACAAACACGGAGGAGGCAGCUCUGAAGGCAACUACUGAUUCGGUAACAGCAGUUGUUGCUGCAAAUGAAGAUGUAAAACAAGCUUUUGCGGAUGAUUUGAGCUCAACAAGCUCUUCACCCUGUGAAUGGUUCGUAUGUGACGAUGACGAGACUGCUACAAGAUAUUUUGUGAUCCAGGGCUCCGAGUCAUUUGCAUCCUGGCAAGCAAACCUACUAUUUGAGCCAGUUAAAUUUGAGGGGUUAGAUGUGCAUGUACAUAGAGGUAUAUAUGAGGCUGCAAAAGGGACAUACCAACAGAUGUUGCCAGAAAUUCGUGCUCACCUAAAACGUCAUGAUUCCCGUGCAACAUUCCGUUUCACUGGUCAUUCUCUUGGGGGGAGCUUGGCAUUACUUGUAAACCUUAUGCUGUUAAUAAGAAAGGAAGCACCAUUGUCCUCUCUGCUUCCUGUCAUAACAUUUGGCGCCCCAUCCAUCAUGUGUGGAGGUGAUAGUCUUCUUGACAAGCUAGGAUUGCCGCGGAGUCAUGUUCAAGCAAUCACAAUGCACAGAGACAUAGUACCACGAGCCUUUUCUUGCAAGUACCCUAACCAUAUUGCAAAACUACUAAAGGCUGUCAAUGGUAACUUCCGAAGUCAUCCAUGCCUUAAUAACCAGAAGCUAUUGUAUGCACCAAUGGGUGAACUCUUGAUCCUACAACCAGAUGAGAAUUUUUCACCAAGUCAUCAUCUUCUGCCCUCAGGAAGUGGUUUAUAUCUUUUGAGUGGUCACCUGUCAGAAUCUAGUGACACAUUAAAACAGAUCCACGCAGCACAAAUGGUGUUCUUGAACUCACCACACCCACUUGAAAUAUUAAGUGACCGAUCUGCCUAUGGAUCUGGAGGAACCAUCCAGAGAGAUCACGACAUGAAUUCCUACUUGAAAUGUGUGAGAACGGUGAUUCGCCAAGAACUAAACCAGAUUCGCAAGGGAAGGAGAGAGCAAAGGAGAGAGGUGUGGUGGCCUCUGGUGCUGCCACGUGGAAGAGAGAGUGAUAAAGGGGGUUCCAUGAUAUCGAUGAACCUAAUUCAAAAUCAAGCUUCCUUUGGCAUCAUUCCCUCAGGGAGAGAGUCAUUGAAAAGAUUAAGAAGGGUUGUUGCAUCCCAACACAUGCAAUUGUUUGUUGUGCUCCUGUUUCCUGCACGGUUGUUACUGCUGGGGGCAUGUAACUUAAUUAGCCUAUGA